AUGUCGAAAACUCAAGAUGGCAGCUUCAGUGCUGUUCCCGAGGCCCAGGCUCAGAAUCUUCCUGGCCUCGAAAAGGACAUGACGCCGUCCAGCGAGCCUACGAAGCUAGAGGGCAAAAACCAGCACCAUGAAUAUCUUGCUGCUGGAAAAUUAAAGGGCAACAAAGCCUUUAUCACAGGCGGCGAUUCUGGCAUCGGGCGCUCAGUCGCAGUCCUGUUUGCUAGAGAGGGGUCCGACGUCACGAUAGUCUAUCUUCCAGAGGAGGAGGAGGACGCCAACGACACCAAGAAAAUGGUUGAAAAAGAGGGUCAAAAGUGCCUCUUGGUGGCGGGCGACUUAAUGGACAAUGAAACUUGUCGUCAGGCUGUCGAGAAACACGUCAAGGAGUUUGGUGUCAUUCACACACUCGUCAACAAUGCUUCAAAGCAGAUCAUGUGUGAAGAUCUCGCCGAGAUCAACUUGGAUGACGUCGAGAGCACAUUCAGAAGCAACAUUAUACAAAUGUUUGCCAUUACGAAAUACGCAUUGCCUCACAUGCAGCGAGGCGGAUCUAUCAUCAACACAACGUCCACCGUUGCAUUUAGAGGAACGGCAGCCAUGGUGGACUACUCGGCCACAAAGGGUGCUAUUGUUGCGUUUACCAGAUCGCUGGCCAAGCAGCUGGUUCCCAAGGGCAUCCGGGUCAACGCGGUAGCGCCCGGCCCUGUCCACACGCCGCUGCAGCCUGCAUCGCGCCCGGCAGAGCAGAUGGAAGGGUUUGGGGAAAAGUCGCAGCUGGGACGGCCGGGUCAGCCGAGCGAGAUUGCGCCCAGUUUCAUCUUCCUCGCUUCCAAAGACGCAGAGCUGUACUACGGCCAAAUUCUGCACGCAUAUCCUCUCGGGGACUAG